AUUUUUCUCCUGAUUCAUCUCAUGCCAACACACAGACUUCAAUGGACAGCAGGCAAAAUGGGGGUCAUCCCCAGAGGAAGCCGAUUCUCUACACGCCCCCUUCCCUUACUGUAAGACUCAUCAAAAAGGCACCCCAACCUUACAUGGAUCUGCUGUUGGUAUUCCUGGGGGUGAAGCCAGAAGUCAGGCUUUCCACAGAGAGACGGGACUACAUGCCCACCUGGGAAGGCUGGGGAGUCAAAGGGCCUGAGGAGUGACUACUUCCCUCCGCAAGGGCAUGCUCUGCCCUGUUCUGCUUCCUGGAGGCUUCAGCAAGCCUUCCUUCUUCUAGAGCUCCUAGAACCCUCCCAUGGUCAACACAACAGCAGCCCAGACAAUGAGAUGCCAGAGGCCUGGGCUUAUAGGCCAGUCAGGUCUUCUAGAUGCCUUCUUGAGCCUGCCUGUGGCCACCCACAGACACUUGUAAGGAGGAAAGAAGUCAGCCUGGCAGAGAGACUCUGAAAUGAGGGAUUAGAGGUGUCCAAGGAGCAAGAGCUUCAGCCUGAAGACAAGGGAGCAGUCCCUGAAGACGCUUCUACUGAGAGGUCUGCCAUGGCCUCUCUUGGCCUCCAACUUGUGGGCUACAUCCUAGGCCUUCUGGGGCUUUUGGGAACACUGGUUGCCAUGCUGCUUCCCAGCUGGAAAACAAGUUCUUACGUCGGUGCCAGCAUUGUGACAGCAGUCGGCUUCUCCAAGGGCCUCUGGAUGGAGUGUGCCACACACAGCACAGGUAUCACCCAGUGUGACAUCUAUAGCACCCUUCUGGGCCUGCCCGCUGACAUCCAGGCUGCCCAGGCCAUGAUGGUGACAUCCAGUGCAAUCUCCUCCCUGGCCUGCAUUAUCUCUGUGGUGGGCAUGAAAUGUACAGUCUUCUGCCAGGAAUCCCGAGCCAAAGACAGAGUGGCGGUAGCAGGUGGAGUGUUUUUCAUCCUUGGAGGCCUCCUGGGCUUCAUUCCUGUUGCCUGGAAUCUUCAUGGGAUCCUGCGGGACUUCUACUCACCACUGGUGCCUGACAGCAUGAAAUUUGAGAUUGGAGAGGCUCUUUACUUGGGCAUUAUUUCUUCCCUGUUCUCCCUGAUAGCUGGAAUCAUCCUCUGCUUUUCCUGCUCAUCCCAGAGAAAUCGCUCCAACUACUACGAUGCCUACCAAGCCCAACCUCUUGCCACAAGGAGCUCUCCAAGGCCUGGUCAACUUCCCAAAGUCAAGAGUGAGUUCAAUUCCUACAGCCUGACAGGGUAUGUGUGAAGAACCAGGGGCCAGAGCUAGGGGGUGGCUGGGUCUGUGAAAAACAGUGGACAGCACCCCAAGGGCCACAGGUGAGGGACAUUACCACUGGAUCAUGUCAGAAGGUGCUGCUGAUAGACUGACUUUGGCCAUUGGAUUGAGCAAAGGCAGAAAUGGGGGCUAGUGUAACAGCAUGCAGGUUGAAUUGCCAAGGAUGCUCGCCAUGCCAGCCUUUCUGUUUUCCUCACCUUGCCGCUCCCCUGCCCUGAGUCCCCAACCCUCAACUUGAAACCCUAUCCCCUUACCUUAAGCCAGGCCUCAGAGGAUCCCUUUGCCUUCUGGUUUACCUGGGACUCCAUCCCCAAACCCACUAAUCACAUCCCACUGACUGACCCUCUGUGAUCAAAGACCCUCUCUCUGGCUGAGGUUGGCUCUUAGCUCAUUGCUGGGGAUGGGAAGGAGAAGCAGUGGCUUUUGUGGGCAUUGCUCUAACCUACUUCUCAAGCCUCCCUCCAAAGAAACUGAUUGGCCCUGGAACCUCCAUCCCACUCUCGUUAUGACUCCACAGUGUCCAGACUAAUUUGUACAUGAACUGAAAUAAAACCAUCUUACAGUAUCCAGGGAACAGAAAGCAGGAUGCAGGAUGCAGGAUGGGAGGACAGGAAGGCAGCCCGGGACAUUUAAAAAA